AUGGCGCCCGCCGACAUCGCCGGGACUGAAAGCCUCCAGUGCACCAACCCAAGCAAGCACCCCCUCAUCACCGCAUCCCUCCAAAAAGUCCUCAAGCUCCUCUGCAUAAGCGAUGCAGAAACCCUUCUCGCAAAAUUGGUAACCACGGACAGCUUUCUCCUACGAUGGACCGCGUACCGCGACGCAUAUCUCCUGCACCCACACUUCAACGAAGAAGGGCUGAACAAAGGCGGUGACAAGAUGUACCAGCUCUUCGAGCACAUCAGGCGCGAGGUCAACGGGCGCUCGGCUAAGAUGUCGCGCUUGGGCGAGGGCGCGAGCGGGAGGGCGCAUACCGUCCGGCUGUUCUCCUCGCUGGUCAAGAGCCUGACGGGGGAGGGAGGCUUCUACGACAAGGGGGACAAGGACGACGAGGUGUGGCUGUCGCAGAUAUGCGAGCAGCUGUACGGGCUUGUCAAGCACUUGAGGGGCGAGUAUGCACAUGGACAUGGAGUGCUGAUGGAUGCGAUCGAGGAGAAGAAGCCGUGCAUUUGGUUGAACCAAAAGGAGGACGAGCUCUGGGAGACUGUGGAUGAAGAGGAAGACGACGUAGAGGAGCGGUCCGCGGUUUCGGAGGACGACAGCGCUUCUGACGACUUCCAGCCCAGCGAGUCUGAAAAGGAAGAGGAGCCGGUGGAGGAUGAUUCUGAGGACGACCUCAAUACUACCACCAAGGCCAAGGCUACAAAGCCACCGACACCGCCCAAGGAAACCCGUGUCGAGCGCAUCGCAUUCGAAGAGGUACCUACCGGCCGCCGCGGACGCUCCGACUUCACUGACGCCCUGCUUCCACUCGCUCGAAAGCGACUACAUCACGAGACGGACAAAAUAGAGCCCAACCUCUGCGAAUUUCCCUCCCGUAAACCCUUCCUAGCCCCCCGGCAACAGGGCUUGGGUGUUCGAGCGCAACCCGUGGAGCCGCCGGUAGAGCUCGGCACCACGUUUACUGCCAUGAAGAGCAUGCUCGAGCCUAAGCCACUGCCUCGCCCUGAAUUCCAGAAACUAAAAGGCAUGCCCGCGAAGCCCACAUCGGGAGAGCAGUUGCACUUCGAGGGUCUGUAUAGCCUCACUGGAAACUUUGGGCGCUCGCCCAUCCAGACACCGAUGGUUGAGGCGCCCAAAGCGCGCAUUGGGAAUGAGUACAGUCUAGACCAUCUGUUCAAGUCGCCGCCGCCGCCCGCCUAUACUCCUCCUGCUAAGCGUGGAGGCCUGUGGGAACUGCUCGACAGCGUCCCAGAUGAUAACGAGUGCUUCAGUCCAUGUUACGGUGUCGAGUCUGGCGUUCGAUGGGCGCUGGAAGGGCCUCACGCUGGGACAUCCCUCGCUCUGGAAAUUGACAAUGGCAUUUUCGCAAGCAAGGAACCUGUGGCAUCUGGUGCUUAG